UAAGCAAAAUUUUUGCUGAUAUUUUUUUGUUAUAUUCUACUUACAUAUUAAGAUAGCAUGUCUAAUACAAGGUAAUCCAUACCGAAAGCUUAAUACAUGUAAUUUUUUCUGUUCACGAAUAAACAACAUAAGGCAUUAUAAAUAAUGAUUACUUAUUUUCGAACCAUGGUCAAAUCGUACAUAUUGGUUAUCGACGUUUUGUUUCAACAGUAUUAUUCCUCCUAAUACCAGCUAAAGACGUCUCGAAAAACCGUUCUUCCACCCACCAGUAUUUAAAAGGAGUUGGCACAAGAACAUUUAACCAUUUACAGGCAGGAAGAGAAUCGAUCAAGACCAAUUUCGAUUUCUUAAAUCAUUAUGUUGCGGGGUGUCGGAGUGUUUUUAAUUGCCUUUUCUGCGAUUUCUUCGGUUCCUUUGAACCCUCCCAGAAAGUUUAUCGGCGCUGAUUCUGAAAUAAUUAGAGUACCUAGAAAUUUAGUCAUCAAAUCCUAUCCGGCCGUUGAAAACUAUCAAAGCGAUUUGUAUGAAGUCAUUAUGGAACCGUAUGUUUUUAACAGUGGAGUUUAUUCAGCAAUCGCAAUGUUUAAAGAUUGCGAAAAUGCUAUUAAAGGAGAAGUUUUCUUCUAUCAAAGUGAACCACCUGGUGGUCCCGUUAUGAUUAGUGGGAACAUUACUGGUUUACCAUCGGGUAAACAUGGAAUACAUAUCCAUAGAUCUGGAUAUAUGAGAGAAGGUUGUGAAAAAUUAGGGGAACAUUAUAAUCCAUAUAUGAUGCAACAUGGUGGUCCAAUGGAUCCACUUCGUCACGCUGGAGAUUUAGGCAACAUUGAAGUAACUGAAGGAGCUGAAAGAACUGAAUUUACAUUUAUAGAUCCAAUAAUUUCGUUGGUGGGAGCUAGAUCAAUUGUUGGAAGAUCAAUAGUAAUAACAGAAGAGAUGGAUGAUUUAGGAAGAGGAGGAACUGCUGAAAGUUUCACAACCGGUUCUACAUCGAAACCAAUCGCUUGUGCUGCCAUCACUUACAUUCGUUAAACAUUAAAUCUUUUUUAAUUCAAUCUAUCCUUUUUUUUGUGCAAAAUCAACUUUUUUACAUUGUUCCUUUUUGAUGUUAUCACCGUUCGGAUCAGGAGGUUAUGAGAAUCGAAAGGUGUAUACAAACGUAUAAUUAAGUAUACUAAUUAAUGCGCGCCGUUCGGACUUGGUCCGUCUACAGCAAGAAACUUGUAAGGAUGUCGUAAUGCGUACGAGAGUUGUUGAGAAAAUUGUUCGUUUUGUGUACGUUUCUUAUUUUAACAGUAAAACCGAACGAGCCGUGAAUAAGGUGUAUUUAUUCAGUCUUUGUCCUUGCUCAAUCGUAGUAUUGUAUGUGAAUGAUACUUGAUAAUUUUAUUACGUUUAAACGCAGUUCCAUUGGAAUGCUAAAUAUGUUAGAGUAGGUCAGCAAAUUUCCACUUCAAUAGGCACCGUACAAAAAAAUUGUUCUUUUAUUCCUAUUAUUUGUGUUUUUAGAUUAAAUAAAGUAAUUAAUUGGA